AUGGCGUCAUCACAGGACGCUUGGUAUCUCUCACUUUUGGGUUUAGCUGAGAAUUUUCGUACCUCAAAUCCACCAAAUAUAAAAUCAUGUAUUCAGUGUUUACAAGCGGUUUUUUAUUUCAAACCACCGGCCCGUGUGGAAGCAAGGACUCACCUACAGCUUGGAAAUAUUCUACUCACACACACGAAAAACACUGACCUAGCGCGUUACCACCUAGAACAAGCGUGGGGAUUGAGUCAGAACAUAAACACAUUCGACGAUGUCAAGUUCGAGGCUGCGAGCAUGAUCGGAGAGCUGGAUCAUCAUAAUUUAUCGAUGCCAAUACUGAGGAGGGCUAUUGAAUUAUCACAGCACAAUGUCUACUGGCACUGCAGGCUCAUCUUCCAACUCGCACAAAUGCACGCUUCAGCCAGAGACUUUAUAGCAGCGAAUGGUCUCCUGGACAUCGGCAUCGACUACGCCCAGUUGAACAACGCCAGUUACACUCGAGUGCUCUUUCUCCUCAGUCGAUGCAUGCUCCUCUUGAUCGACAAGAAGUUUAACGAGGUUCAUCCCCUGCUAAACACAGCAGGACGAUGUGUGGAUACGUGGGAGGGGAGUAUUUACCAGAAAGAGUACCUCAAAGUAUUUUUUCUCGUGCUGCAAGUGUGUCAUUAUCUAAUGGCAGGACAAGUUAAAAGUGUUAAACCGUGUUUGAAACAGUUGCAACAGAGUAUACAGACAAUAAUGUCACCACAAUGGCCAACUGACGAGGCUGUAGCUGGUACAAACAUUGGUGAUAUGUUUAUUUGGAUGCCAAAGGAACAUUUGUACGUAUUAGUUUAUCUCGUGACUGUUAUGCACUCGAUGCAAGCUGGAUACAUGGAGAAGGCCCAAAAAUACACUGACAAGGCAUUGACGCAUAUUGAAAAGCUCAAAAGUGUUGAUAACAAGCCGAUAUUGUCGGUUUUUCAAUUGAUGUUGCUCGAGCAUAUUGUCAUGUGUCGGUUGGUCAUGGGGAAUAAGAGUGUAGCACUCACUGAGAUUGCACAGGCCUGUCAGCUGUGCAGGAAGCAAACGAGACUAUUGCAAGGCCAUGGGCCACAGUUGCACACACUCCUGGGGCUCUAUGCUAUGUCCAUGAACUGUAUGGAGGCUGCUGAGGCACAGUUCAUUGCCACGUUGAGGACCACAACGGAGAGGGAACUCUGCACAUUUGCUAAUCUCAAUUUGGCCAUCGUUUAUUUGAGGACGAAGAGGGAUCAGGAUCUUAAUGAGCUGCUUGAUAGGAUUAAACCUGAGUCUUUACCGCCACAUUCACACUCCCUGAAGGCUGCUGCAUAUUAUGUACAGGGACUACAGGCCUUCUUUGGAGCGAGAUACAAUGAGGCUAAGCGGUACUUGAGAGAAACAUUGAAAAUGGCAAACUCUGAGGACCUCAACAGGCUAACGUCUUGCAGUCUGGUGCUUCUUGGUCAUAUUUUCCUGUCCUUACUCAAUGAGAGAGAGUCGAUGAACAUGGUGACACCGGCAAUGCAACUAGCGUCGAAAAUCCCGGAUGUACAUGUUCAAUUAUGGGCGACAGCCAUUCUUAAAGAUCUGUAUCAUAAAAAUGGCAGUGGAAGUCAUGAAAACGAGGCAUUCCAAAUGCACUGUACAUUUUCGCAAACUCUGCUGAAAGAUCACUUUCAGAGCUCCCAAAUGCCUGAACACACCCUAAUCAAUUGGACAGAUGGCCAGAUACCAGCCCUACCCUGUAAUACACCCCCCUCCACUUCCAGAGCGAUUCUCUAACGCGUGCAAGUGAUAAUCCCAACAAUUUUUUAUUUUUGCAAAUCUACUUAAAUUAUUAUGGACUUGCACUUUUCUCUGUAUCUAAGAAAAAAGGCAGCUCAGUUUCUCAUUACAUUCGAAAAAAGUCAGAUCGAUUUAUUGAAUUCGAAAGGUACAAAUUUGAUUGAUAGUGAAAACUUUCUAACAGAAAAUGAAAACAAAAAACGUUUUGUCCUGUAAAUUAUCGUAAUAUUUUUCUUUCAUGUCUAUUAACAGAGAAAUUGUUUUUCUCUGUUCUCCGUGAAUCCAGAAAUAGCCGUAAGCCGUGUAAUUAAUAUACAUAAUUAUUAUAUGAAAGAGCGAGAGAAAAUAACAGAGUUGAUGGAUCGCCUGAAGGGGCCUUAACGUCUUUAGUCCCUCGAACACUUACCAUUCUUCAUACCAUUGAUUUUUGCAUAAUAAUAUGAAGAAAGGGAAAGCGUUCGAGAGUCGGGCGUACUGUAUAUAAAGAAAUUACUUUAAUUAAAAUAAAAAUAAAAUAGGUACUCGUGAA